AUGUCGUUGUCAGACGAAAAGACCUCCAGCAAGGGCGAGCACGAACACCAAGACUUCGAGUUUAACCGCCACGACGUGGCUGGUGUCGAAUAUGCUGGUAUCCUCGGCAUCUUCAAGAGCCCAAAGAUUCUCGGAAUCACCUCCCUGGCUACGCUCUGUGGAUUCCUGUUCGGUUACGACCAAGGUGUUGUCGGCAAUGUCCUUGUACUCCAGCGCUUCGGUGCCGACUUCCCACGAGUCUACAUGGACGCCAGCAUCAAGGGAUGGUUCGUCUCCACCCUCCUCCUUGGCGCGUGGCUGGGCGCUCUCAUUUCCGGUCCCAUCUGCGACCGUAUCGGCCGUAAGAGGGACAUCCAGUACCAGACGAUCCUCUUCGUCAUUGGAUCCGCACUGCAGACCGGCGCUGUGAGCGAGGCCUACUUGUUCGCUGGACGCUUCAUCGCCGGCCUUUCCAUCGGCUCUUUGACCCACAUCGCCCCCAUGUACAUUGCCGAGCUGUCCCCGGCCAAUUUGCGUGGCGCUCUGGUGGCCCUGCAGCAGUUGUCCAUCACUCUUGGUAUUCUCUUUAGCUAUUGGAUCGCUUACGGGACAUCGCACAUUGGUGGAAUUCGUUGCGCUCCGGACGUUCCCUACACCGGUCCGAUCUCCAACGGCGAGGCCACCUUUGACGCCUACAACGACGUUCCUGCUGGAGGAUGCACCGGCCAGUCCGAGGCAGCGUGGCGCAUUCCCGUUGGACUCCAGAUUCUUCCCGGUAUCAUCCUCGGCCUCGGCAUGUUCUUCAUGCCCUACUCGCCCCGUUGGCUCGUCGAGGUCGGCCGCGAUGAGGAGGCUCAGCAGACUCUCGCCUGGCUCCGUUCCAAGCCCGUCAACUCUCCUCUCGUCAUCCAUGAGUUCAUCGAGAUCAAGGCCGAGAUUGUGACUGCUCGCGAGAUCCGUGAGGCUCACGCCGUUGGCAAGAGUGGUUUCGCCAAGGUUCUCCAGCCUUACAAGGAGCUUUUUUCGUCCAAGUCAAACUUCCACCGACUCUUCAUGGGAUGUGUUGUCAUGUUCUACCAACAGUUUAUCGGUUGUAACGCCAUAAUUUAUUACGCACCCACCAUCUUCGCUCAACUCGGAAUGGACCCCAAUACCACGUCGCUGUUGGCCACCGGAAUCUACGGUGUCGUUAACACGUUGUCCACCUUGCCCGCCGUCUUCUUCCUUGACCGCAUUGGCCGUCGCCCUCUUUUGAUGAUGGGAGCUGUCGGUUGCUGCUUCUCUCUCGUUGUCGUUGGCUCUCUCAUCGCUGCCUUCGGCAAGGACUGGCCCAACCACAAGGCAGCCGGUAACGCGGCGAUCGCGUUUGUCUUCGUUUACGACUUCUGGUUCUCCUUGAGCUGGGCUCCUAUCGGAUGGGUCCUCCCCAGCGAGAUCUUCAACUUGGCGACCAGGAGUACAGGUGUUUCGAUCACUACCAGCACUACCUGGAUGUCCAACUUCAUCAUUGGUGUCGUCAGUCCCCUCAUGCUCGAGAACAUUCCCAACGGAGGAACGUACUUCUUCUUUGCCGGCUUUGCCAUUCUUGGUUUCUUCACUGUCUAUUUCCUUCUGCCUGAGACCCGUCUCAAGACCCUCGAGGAGAUGGACGAGGUCUUUGGCCAACAGACUUCGAUCCAAGACAAGGAGGUAGCUGAGCGCGUCUGGAGGAACGUUUCACAGGCAGAGACGACCAAGCUGUCGUCCGCCCAAGUCGCCUGA